AUGAUUGGAUUUCGACUUCUUGGAAGAAGGGUCUAUGGGAGGAGGAGCUUUGAUAAGGAGACCAAAACCGUAAUUGGCCAAGUUCUCAGAGGUAACCAGAUCUUUAAAAGACCUCAAGCUGUGAGGUUCGACUUUAAUAGUUUGACCAAUCUCUUCAGUAGAAAGAGGAGGUUGAUAUCUUGUGGCCAUAAACCAGGUCGGUGGAAAAAUUCAAAAGAAGUAGAGAAGAAAAAUAAUAGCCUGAGUCCCACAUAA